GGCGCGCGCGCUCCCUCCUCUCGGAGAGAGGGCUGUGGUAAAAGCCGUCCGGAAAAUGGCCGCCGCCGCCGCCGCCGCGCCGAGCGGAGGAGGAGGAGGAGGCGAGGAGGAGAGACUGGAAGAAAAGUCAGAAGACCAGGAUCUCCAGGGCCUCAAGGACAAACCGCUGAAGUUUAAAAAGGUGAAGAAGGAGAAGAAAGAAGACAAGGAAGGCAAACAUGAACCCCCGCAGCCGCCAGCUCACCACUCUACUGAGCAUGCGGAAGGGUCUGGCUCAGCCCCAGCCGUCCCCGAAGCUUCUGCGUCUCCCAAGCAGCGGCGCUCCAUCAUUCGCGACCGUGGCCCCAUGUAUGAUGAUCCCACCCUGCCCGAGGGCUGGACCCGAAAGCUAAAGCAAAGGAAAUCUGGCCGCUCCGCUGGGAAGUAUGAUGUGUAUUUGAUCAAUCCGCAGGGAAAAGCCUUUCGCUCUAAAGUGGAGUUGAUUGCGUACUUCGAAAAGGUAGGCGACACCUCCCUGGACCCUAAUGAUUUUGACUUCACGGUAACUGGGAGAGGGAGCCCCUCGCGGCGAGAGCAGAAACCACCUAAGAAGCCCAAAUCUCCCAAAGCUCCAGGAACUGGCAGAGGCCGGGGACGCCCCAAAGGGAGCGGCACCACGAGACCCAAGGCGGCAGCGUCAGAGGGCGUGCAGGUGAAGAGGGUCCUGGAGAAGAGUCCCGGGAAGCUGCUCGUCAAGAUGCCUUUUCAAGCUUCGCCCGGGGGAAAGGCCGAGGGGGGCGGGGCCACCACAUCCACCCAGGUCAUGGUGAUCAAACGGCCUGGCAGGAAGAGAAAAGCCGAGGCCGACCCCCAGGCCAUUCCCAAGAAGCGAGGCCGCAAGCCGGGCAGUGUGGUGGCAGCGGCCGCCGCCGAGGCCAAGAAGAAAGCCGUGAAGGAGUCUUCCAUCCGGUCCGUGCAGGAAACCGUGCUUCCCAUCAAGAAGCGCAAGACCCGCGAGACCGUCAGCAUCGAGGUGAAGGAGGUGGUGAAGCCCCUGCUGGUGUCCCCCCUCGGCGAGAAGAGCGGGAAGGGGCUGAAGACCUGCAAAAGCCCCGGGCGCAAGAGCAAGGAGAGCAGCCCCAAGGGGCGCAGCAGCAGCGCCGCCUCGCCCCCCAAGAAGGAGCACCCCCACCCCCACCACCCCGAGCCCCCGAAGGCGCCCGUGCCGUUGCUCCCGCCCCCGCCCCCGCCCCCGCCCGAGCCUCAGCGCUCCGAGGACCCUGCCAGCCCCCCCGAGCCCCAGGACUUGAGCAGCAGUGUCUGCAAGGAGGAGAAGAUGCCGCGAGGAGGCUCGCUGGAGAGCGACGGCUGCCCCAAGGAGCCCGCUAAGACUCAGCCCGCGCCGCCCGCCGCCGCGGCCGCAGAAAAGUACAAACACCGAGGGGAGGGAGAGCGCAAAGACAUUGUCUCGUCCUCCAUGCCGCGGCCAAACAGAGAGGAGCCUGUGGACAGCCGGACGCCCGUGACCGAGAGAGUCAGCUGACUUUCCAGAGCGGCUUGCAGAGCAAACCAAGAAUAAAGGCAGCUGUUGUCUCUUCUCCUAUGGGUAGGGCUCUGACAAAGCUUCCCGACUAACUGAAAUAAAAAAGAUUUUUUUUUCUUUCAGUAAA